AUGGCGGAGGUGGGGGCAGUCUUCGCCUCCUUGGACUGGGAUCUGCAUGGCUUCUCCUCCUCUCUGGGGAACGUGCCCUUAGCUGACUCUCCGGGUUUCCUGAACGAGCGCCUGGGCCAGAUCGAGGGGAAGCUGCAGCGCGGCUCGCCUACAGACUUCGCCCACCUGAAGGGGAUCCUGCGGCGCCGCCAGCUCUACUGCCGCACUGGCUUCCACUUGGAGAUCUUCCCCAACGGCACGGUGCACGGCACUCGCCAUGACCACAGCCGCUUCGGAAUCCUGGAGUUUAUCAGCCUGGCUGUGGGCCUGAUCAGCAUCCGAGGAGUGGACUCUGGCCUGUACUUAGGAAUGAACGAGCGAGGAGAACUAUAUGGGUCGAAGAAACUCACACGUGAAUGUGUUUUCCGGGAACAGUUUGAAGAAAACUGGUACAACACCUAUGCCUCCACCUUGUACAAACACUCAGACUCGGAGAGACAGUAUUAUGUGGCCCUGAAUAAAGACGGCUCACCCCGAGAGGGAUACAGGACUAAACGACACCAGAAAUUCACUCACUUUUUACCAAGGCCAGUAGAUCCUUCUAAGUUGCCCUCCAUGUCCAGAGACCUCUUCCGUUAUAGGUAACGGACCCCUAGUGUGACCUCUGUGACCCACAUACUCUGGGGCCACUGUUGUCUCUGCAAGCACUAUACUCAUAGCUUUUAAAUCCUUCAUUCCUAUCAAUUUAGAUAACAGAGAAGCACUUAAUGUUCAACCCAACCCAGCUGUUCCCUUGUUCAAAUUGUAUAUCAAUGUUGGGUUAUUUUGGGGAGGGACAUGGAGGGAGGGGGCGGGUUAGAGGGUAUCUUGUAUAUACUUUUUUCUUUACUCAUGUUAUUUCCCCUGAGGUGGCACAAGCAAGAAUGGGGGCCCCUGCCAAGGGCCAGGGGUGUCUAACCAAAUACCUUGACAAUGGGUAAAUGAAAGACAAAGAAUCUGCCACAGAUGCUACCUACAGCAAUUUGGAAAAGUCUCAUUAAGAAAAUCCUUAGGGCUACAACCCUGCUGCAAGCCAUCCCUGCAUUGGCUCUGCAGAUUUCUCAUCUGUCCUGACAUGCAGUUUUCCUGCCACUGGAAGUAGGAGAUGGGGUAGGUUGUAAGAAAAUGAUAUUAAAACGUAAGCAUGGAUGCUGUGCAUAAGGGCAAACUAUUUAUGAAAUGUAUAUGCUAUUUAUUUUAUAUAUUUAUUUAUUUCAGAAUAAUUUUAUUUUUAAUGAGAGAUGCUAUGGCUGGAUUUUCAUCAGAAAGAAUAAGAUCCUACUGAAACAGGAUAAAAUGAGUUAUUAAAGCUUUUAUUGGCAAUAAAAUUGUCUUUAUAUUGUAACCCAUUGUCUAAUUCUAUUGAUUUGGUACAUUUUGUAAGAUUAGAAGGUUGCUUAGCUUCUUUCUCUACAACUCAGAAUUUCCUGAUGUAGGCAUCACACUGCCUUUGCUAGAUGAUGAUGACACUGUCAUCCAGUAUAUGAGCAUUAUCUAGGGGCCCUAUCUGAAGUUCUGGUGGCCCUUUCCAGUUCUAUGAUUUUAAAUUUAGUGGCAAAUCAAAGCUUCAGGAAGGCCUCUACCAACAGCUAUUACUGAAUCUCCUAGUUAUGCUUAGGACUGAAUAAACAAACAAAAUAUAUGUAUC